AUGUCAGCUGCCGACGAGCGGGAGGGGUCACUGGAGGCGGCCGCAGCAGUGCCCUCGGCGGCGGGUCAUGCCGACAAAGCCGAAAAGGCGGUGAAAGGCCGAGAAGCUGCCAAGCGCCGCGCACCGAAGACGAGCGCCCAGCGGCCAAAGCUGCCGAUCAAGGCCUUCGCACUGAGGCCGCGGGCGGGCUUCGGUGGUCCAGUGGCUGUGGCCACCCGGAAGCUCAUCGCUGGGAUCGAUGCCAAUGCCGUUGGCCCAGUGCUCUCGCUUCGAACCUCCCUGCCUGAGUGCAAGGGGCCAGACCUACAUGCUCUGCUCAGGGCGCUCGAGCAUUAUGAGCACGUGCACUUCUUGAGCUUUGGUUGCAACAAAGCCUUGGCAAGCUCCCAGUCGCUUGGCAUGAUGCUCGUGAGCGUUCUCCAGCGCGGGUUCAUUUGGGCUUGCGACUUUGGGGAGCUGUACUUUCAUCAUGAUGUUUUAGAUUGCAUUCUCGAUGGCUUGGAGGGCCCGCCUCCGAAGAAGCUCCCCACCAGCAACUUGGCUUUCAGCUUCGCCGACCAGGGGUGUGGCGUCAGCUCGGAACAGAUUACCAGGCUGAAGACCCUCACCCGGAAGCGGCGUUUGCUGGACAAAGCUGUCUCCUGGGGCAAGGUGGACAGGACGCAUGCGCCGUGGCUGGAGAUUCCCCAAGUCUUUGGUCUGGUGAUGCGCUCGAAGAACUUGACGAAAUGCUUCUGGCGCCCUUACCAAGAAGCUGAAUUCUGGAGAAGGGCAGGAUUUCACUGCACUGGCCUACGGAUGCACCUUCAGCCUGCGCGAGGUAAACGAGUGAAUCCUUCAAUUCAUCGGUUGGUGACAGCAAUGCAUCGGGGAAAUCUAGAACCAUCAGCUCUGCAGAAAGCCUUUCCUCCUGGGGAGGAGGGCCAGCGCCGAAGUCAUGCGCUCUUGAAGGCAUGUCUGAGCCGGGAUCUGCCACCUGCACCGCUGCCCCGCUGGGUCGUCCCCGGGUGUGUGGAGGCGAAGAGGCCCGAAGAAGCUUUGCAACCGGUCUUGCGGCAUGGGCUGCUGAAGCGUCGUCGGGUGGAGGUGGUGAUCAUCGACUGA